AUGAAAGUAAAUUUUUAUUUAUUGAUAUUUGGUUACGUAAUAUGCCAAGUAUCGAGCGAUAAUACUUUUGCCUAUCACAAUACUGAAUAAGCUUAUCAAUUUCUGAUUGAAAACUAGGAUGAGUUAAUACUUGGUUAAUGGACAGCAAGUUCAGAACACUUGGUUUACUUAAACAUAGUUUUUGACAACAAAAAUUUACUAUUGUAAGUCUACCCAAGACAAAACAACGAUUACGGAGACACCCACUAUUUCAGAUUGAGUUACUCAUUAAGCAAUAGCUCCUAUCACUUUGAUUCAGUCAAAAAGCGAAUGACAUGGAACAAUACCUUAACUGAAGUUACUCUACAAAGUAAUAAGGAAAGUAACCAUUUUUAGUGCUCUGCCACUAUUUAAUUAGAAAUCCAAAAAUCUUAGAAUUCCAAAAAUCUUAAUAUUUAUAGUGAAUUUGAAGAGGGUUGUUAGAUGAAUGAAGAGAGAUUAUAACUAUUGAUGUUUAACAAUUCGAAAUAUUCAUUAGAUCUUUAAUCCUACACUGCUCUUAUCAUAUGCAUUUCACUAUUUCAAAUAAUCAAUUCACAUUACUAUUUAAAUUCGGAUUGUGUUCCAAAUUAAGGUGGUUCACUCACAAUCUCCAUAAUCUUGACUCAAGACAUUUACAUUUGCAUAUUUAGCUCAUUGCUGUUUGACACACCUAGAUUUUACUAUUUCAUUCCCUGCUUGCUUUCUCAGCUGAUUACUAUUUUAUGUGAUCUCAAAAUGAAAGCUAAAUUAACUUAAACUGAGAAUUACAGUAAGAAAGACAUACUUGUACUAAUUAUUGAAAUGACAUCCACUUCAUUCCUAUUCCUUCAAAUUAAAUACUGGUAUGGGAUGAUCCUUCUGAAUUUGUUUUUAUUGCCCCAAAUAAUAUUCACCUUUUUUACAGGAAACCGAUAGAAAUUCAACUUUAAUUAUCUCGGAACAAUUUUCCCAAGAGUCCUGCUCUCCUUAUACUUUACAGCCUAUUCGAAUAACAUUUUACUAUUCAAAUAUAAUUUAAUUGUUGUUGGGAUAGUCUUACUCAUAUCUAUCACCUAAUUCAUUUUGUACUUUUGCCAAUGUCAAUACGGAUUAUUCAUCCUCUAGACUAUGAAAUUUAAUUACUUCGUCAAAUCCACAGAAGAUCAUUCCCAAUUAGAUUGUUCAAUUUGUCUUGAUAAUUUGAAAAACACCUCAGAAUCCUACAACGUAACCUCUGAGGAGCCUGUUCUUGUUCAGACUUUGAACAUGGCCACUCAAAAAUAACUAUUGAUGAACACUCCAUGCAACCAUGUAUUUCAUCCUUCAUGUUUGAUAUAAUGGAUGUAAAUAAACCUUACAUGUCCAUUGUGUAAGAGUUCACUUCCAUAAAUAUGCUGA